CACACGCUUGAUGUUGACGUUACCUGUGCCUCAGUGUGCAGCACAACAUAGCCACCCUUAAAGAGGCUUUUAACAUCGAUGUUUAGCCUGUGGCUAAAGUAGUUGAAUUUCCUAUUGACAGUAUUAAAUGAACGGACUUUACGCAAUAGUGAAAGACACCGGAUAAUCUUAGCUAGAGAAUCGGUAUUGUUUUCGGCUGAUUUGGAAUUUAUGUCUAAUUUCUCAUCCAUGCUAACAUUAACUGGCUGGCUAAAAUUGAUGAUGUGAGAUGAGGCGGCAAGCGACCACAUAGCUAUCCAGCUAGUUGAAGAAUACUCCAAGGAAAGAGAAGGAAAGACUGUUCACUUCUCUCACUCCUUUAACGCCAACUGGAAUAUCUUAUUUGUUUUGACGAUAUGGUGUUUAACUCGUGAGCAAAUGUCUAAGUUAGAGUUAAUGUUAGUCUAACAUGACACGCGCCACAGUUUCCCCACUUUUCAACUGGACCCAAGACUAGGGACUUUUCCUCAAUGGAAUUCAAGUAGUGGUGAGGACAGCCGCAUGGCAGACGAGCUGUACAAGAAGGUGCGCAUCCUGUGCUGGGUGAUGACGGGGCCCAACAACCUGCAGAAGAAGGCCCGCCACGUGAAGAACACCUGGAGCCGCCACUGUAACGUGGUGGUGUUCAUGAGCUCUGUGGAUGACCCUGACUUCCCCACCGUGGGCCUGGGCACCAAGGAAGGCCGCGACCAGCUCUACUGGAAGACCAUUCAGGCCUUCCACUACGCCCUGGAGAAACAUGGCAACGAGGCCGACUGGUUCCUCAAGGCCGACGAUGACGCCUACGUCAUUGUGGACAACUUGCGCUGGGUGCUGGCCAACCACACGCCCGCACCCGUCUACUUCGGACGCAGGUUCAAGCCCUUCACCAAGCAGGGCUACAUGAGCGGCGGGGCAGGCUACGUGCUGAGCAAAGAGGCCCUCAGGAGGUUCGUGGAGUGCUUUAAAACCAAGGUGUGCACCCACACCACCCACGUGGAGGACCUGGCCAUGGGCCAGUGCAUGGAGAAGGUGGGGGUGGUGGCUGGGGACGCCAGAGACACUGUCCUCAGGGAGACCUUCCACCCGUUUGUCCCCGAGCAGCACCUCACUGCCAAGUUCUCCAAGAGCUUCUGGUACUGGAGUUACUGCUACUACCCCAUCUCAGAGGGGGCAAAUUGCUGCUCGGACCUGUCUGUGUCUUUCCACUAUGUGGACGCGUCCCUCGUGUACCUGUUGGAGUACUACACCUACCACCUGCGUGCCUUUGGCUACAGGUACCGCUACCAGACCCCGGGCCCCCUGGGCUAUAAGAUGGAGGCGUGGGACGGGUCAGAGGGGGGACACUCGUACUCCAAAUAGCAGCCAGCCAUCCCGAGGGUGCCGCUGGCGAGGGGGAGGGUCCGUCCAGGACAGACAGGAAACAGGAAGUGGUGCCUCCUGCUGAUGCAGGGGAGAAAGACCCACCUGCUGCUGCAGAGGAUGAGUAGCAGUAGCAGCCUUGUUUGUCUGUAUGUCUGAGAGGAGUGUGUGUGGGUAUGCUUGCUUUUGAGCAUGCAUGUUUUUACACAUAUGUGCAAGCACCUGCACAAGUGAUUACUGAAGUGAAGAGACGGUGCAAACUGUGGUGCCUCCAAAGAAGCGUGCAGGUGGUGAUGGAUCUGCAAAGAAUUUCUACUGUGACUGAAAGAUUGGUCUUUUGGCUGUGGGUUGGUUGGGUUGUCACUGGCGGCAACCCCAUCCCUUUUUAGUCUGUGUAAAAUAGUUUGUUUUAUAUUUAACAUGAUUGUUAACUCAUACCAGUUUUAAUCCAUGUUGUUUUAAUUCCCUCAGUUCUUGAACCACUGUCUUAAGACACAUCAAAUAACUGGAUGUACUGGCUGGUUUAGGAUCAGAUAGAAUAACUGGAUUUACUGUUUGAUUUAGGAUCAGCUAGAAUAACUGGAUUUACAGCUUCGCCUACCCUAAUAAAAACCUAAGCUACAAGGGGUUGAAAACCAAACCUGGUCUUAGAUCUGCAUUUAUACCCAUAGAGACAGGUGAAAAGAUUAUCUGUAAUUAGACGUGAAGAAGACCAGCAGGUCGUUCAACCUCACUGAUGCCCCCACUCCUUUUGGAGAGGGAGAAAGAGGGAGAGAGACUUUAAUCCUAGGAGACCUGGCUUUCUCUCUUCUCUAUCAGCCCCAGUAGCUUGGGCCUUAUGAAUCAUGAUUGUAUGCACCGUCAGCUGCGCAUUUUGACCCUGCACUGUGACAAGUCUGAGAAUGAUCUUUUCAGAGAGGAAGAAUCUCGUUGUUUAUACGUUCCACAGAUAUAGGCCAAUAGGAAGGCCUUUUGUUGGGAGGUGGAGAUGCCUUUUGGACAUGUCGUUUGAACCUACCUGUGCAUGAUCAAUUCAGUUAUCUGUUGGAUUAGAUUAUAUUUUGUUCAUUUGUUUUAUUUUUGUUUUAUUUAUACUGAACCAAAAUAUAAACGCAACA